GGGAAGGCGGCCCGGGAGGACACGGCCCGGCGGGAGGAGCGGCCCGGCGGGCUCGGCCGGGAGCUGCAGCCGCUGGCGGCCCGCGGAAGGAAGAGGCCAUGGAUGCUACGGCGCUGGAGCUGGACGCAGUGAAGUUCGCGCAGCUGGCAGUGCAGCGGGACCAGAGCGGGCGCUACCGGGAAGCCGUCUUCUACUACAAGGAAGCUGCACAAGCCUUAAUUUAUGCAGGGAUGGCAGGAUCCACCUUGGAAAACAUUCAAGAAAAAAUAAACGAGUACUUGGAGAGAGUUCAAGCUCUCCAUUCAGCAGUUCAGUCACAGAACACAGAUCCUCUGAAGUCAAAGCAACAGUUGGACUUGGAGCGUGCUCACUUCCUAGUUACACAGGCUUUUGAUGAAGAUGAUAAAGGCAAUGUAGAAGAAGCUGUAGAGUUGUACACGGAAGCGGUGGAACUCUGUUUGAAAACAGCUACUGAAACUUCAGAAGCAGGCCUCCAGUCAAAACUGAAACAGCUGGCUCGACAAGCCCUGGAUAGAGCAGAGGCACUGAAGGAAUCUGUGUCUAAGUCAUCUCAGAAGGAGAAGUCAACUGCAGCCAAACCAAAUCAGCCAGUGAGAACAUUCUUUCCAUUGGGACCUGACUUCUCUUUAAACGAUAAGCCACAGACAAUCAGAGCAGUACAAGCCAGUGAAUCUCAAGGUCAGAGAUACACGGCGGAGGAGAUUGAAGUACUCAGGAAGACUUCAAAAAUCAAUGGCAUAGAGUAUGUACCUUUCAUGAGUGUUGAUCUGAGAGAGCGUUUUGCCUUCCCCAUGCCAUUUUCUGAUAAAUGUGGAAAGUUACCAUUAUCCCCCAAACAGAAAGCGAUGUUUGCCAGAUGGGUGCGACCAGAUGACAUAACAAAUAACCCUACGAUGAUUUAUACUGUGUCGAGUUUCAGCAUAAAGCAGACAAUAGUGUCAGAUUGUUCUUUCGUGGCAUCACUGGCUAUCAGUGCAGCAUAUGAAAGAAGAUAUAACAAAAAAUUGAUCACAAGUAUAAUUUACCCUCAGAAUAAAAAGGGAGAACCAGAAUAUAAUCCAUGUGGCAAAUACAUGGUGAAGCUUCAUAUCAAUGGUGUACCUAGAAAGGUAAUCAUAGAUGACCAGUUACCUGUUGAUCAUAGUGGGGAGCUUCUCUGCUCGUAUUCUAACAAUAAGAAUGAAUUAUGGGUAUCACUAAUAGAAAAAGCUUACAUGAAGGUCAUGGGAGGAUAUGAUUUUCCUGGAUCAAAUUCUAAUAUUGAUCUCCAUGCACUGACUGGCUGGAUACCUGAAAGAAUUGCUAUGCACUCUGACAAUCAAGCUUUCAAUAAAGACAGUACUUUCAGAAUGCUUUAUCAGAGAUUUCACAAGGGAGAUGUCCUUAUCACAACUGCAACAGGGGUGAUGUCUGAAGAGGAAGGAGAAAAAUGGGGUUUAGUUCCAACUCAUGCAUAUGCAGUCUUGGAUAUAAGGGAAUAUAAGGGACUUCGAUUUCUUCAGUUGAAAAAUCCCUGGAGCCACUUACGUUGGAAGGGACGAUACAGUGAAAAUGACACAAGAAAUUGGACCCCAGAAUUGCAAAAGUACUUGAACUUUGAUCCCAGAACAGCUCAGAAAAUAGACAAUGGCAUUUUCUGGAUUUCCUGGGAGGACCUGUGCCAGUACUAUGAUGUUAUUUAUUUGAGUUGGAACCCAAGUCUUUUUAAAGAAUCUACGUGUAUUCACAGUACUUGGGAUGCAAAGCAGGGUCCGGUGAAGGAUGCCUACAGCCUGGCCAAUAAUCCUCAGUACAAGCUGGAGGUCCAGUGCCCACAAGGUGGUGCUGCCGUCUGGGUUCUGCUCAGCAGGCACAUAACAGAUAAGGACGACUUUGCACACAAUCGGGAAUUCAUUACAAUGGUUGUAUACAAGACUGAUGGCAAAAAAGUUUACUACCCAGCUGAUCCUCCUCCAUACAUUGAUGGAAUUCGGAUCAACAGCCCUCAUUACCUGACCAAGAUAAAGCUGACCUCUCCAGGGCCCCAUACGUUUACCUUAGUGGUGUCCCAGUAUGAGAAACAAAACACUAUCCAUUAUACCAUCAGGGUGUAUUCCUUGUGCAAGUUCACCUUUUCCAAGAUUCCUACGCCUUACACCAUUUCCAAACGGGUUAAUGGACAGUGGAAAGGUCACAGUGCUGGAGGAUGUGGAAAUUUCAGAGACACCUACAAAAACAACCCCAUCUAUCAAUUCCAGCUGGACAAGAACGGGCCAUUACUAAUUGAACUACGAGGACCAAGGCAAUACAGCGUUGGUUUUGAGCUCAUCACAGUCUCAACAGUAGGAGAACCUGGUUCCCAUGGCUUUCAGAAAAAGAGCAGUGGUGACUACAGGUGUGGAUUUUGCUACUUGGAAGUGGAGAACAUAUUUGCUGGAGUUUACAACAUCAUCCCUACCACAUUCCUGCCUCAACAAGAGGGUCCUUUUUUCUUAGAUUUUAACAGUACUACUACUCUUAAGGUAUCACAGCUGCAGUGAGGAGACAGACCUGUGCACUCCCACCUAAAGAGGUGGUUUUGAUCUAUCCUACAGUCUGAGAACAGGUACCUCUUCCUACACAGAUGUGUAGAAGAAAAUGACAUUUAAAGUUACAGCCAAAAGCAUGGAAUCACUGAUGGGCCAGUUAAUUGUAGCAGACAGUUAGCUAUGGGUUUUGCUGCUGUGGCACUGGCAUGAGCACUGUUCCACGGGCUGGGGAAGGGGCUAAAAUGCUUAUAUUCAAACAAACUGGCAGAACUCAAAUUUACUGCAAUUUUUCCACACUUCAAAUCAAAGUCUUAGUUAGUUAAGAGAAAAACUAACUUGGAAAUUCUCUUCUUCCAAAAUACGAGGUAUAUGGGUUUAAGAUUUUUAUUCUUAAAAGUAAAUAUGUAAGAAAAAAUACUCCUGUGUAUUCUGCUUAUUCAGUCUCAGGACCAAAUAGCUUUUACUACAUAUUUGUGCUGCUAUCUUGAAUGUUUUCAGCACUGAACUAGUUCUCAAGUCUAAAUGUAAACUUAAGAUUGGUGGACAGGUACUAUUCCAGACUGAUGUGCUCAGCUUGUCUAGAAUGUAUAUAUAGGAGUGAAGGAGAAGGAAGAUUCCCCUUUUACCUAUUCCUAACAGCAAAGCAAUGCUUCGCUCAUGUUACCUGUACUUUGAGAGCUGUUAUUUCAUAUUGGUAUUUCUUUAUACAUAAUAUUUCAGCACAAGGUUCUCCAUGGCUUUCUUCCUACUAGCUGUAAGACCUAGCUUGAUCCAGAUCAGCAGUAAAAUCAGGAGGGUUUGCCAGCAAUAGUGUGCAGACAGCACAGCACACCCUUCAUUUAGCAGGUGUGAAGGGCUUUCAUCUCAAACUGCCCUGUAAGAUUCCCUGCCUCUACUGAAGUAUUCUCAUUUGCUGGUGUGAGGAGGUUGGGAACUGCCCACCAUCAUCAUCCCAGCAAAGAAAUGUCUUCUCCACAUUUUUAUAAGGAGUCAGCUUGUAGGGGAAGGAUCAUUUAAACCUAUCCCCCUAGUAAACCACAGCUGCAAGAAAUGCACUUGCAUCUCUUCAAAGGUACCUUUUUCUUGUAAGUUGAAACCAGUGAAUUAAUUCAGCACUAGGCCAAUGUCAUCAAGAGGAGUAGGGUCAGAGUUUGUAAGAGUCCAUGUGGGAUUAGUGCAGGACAAGGUUAUUUUAGAAGCCUACUAUCUGUGCUCUUCCUCUAGAAGAUCUGUAUAUACUUGUAUUUGAAGAGGAUUAAGGAUAACCAGAUUUUUAAUUUAAAUACUGUCUCACUGAUCCUAACAUGCAUUGGCUUUCAUCUUUUGUAAAAAGGCAGACUUAAAAUUCCACUAUCUUUGACAGCUGGGGGAGAGGGUGUUUCUGAAACAGCUAUAGGAAGGUCUUCACCGUUCAGGUUGGUUUGGCAAUUUUCCAAGCAGAAAGUAGCAUUUAAACUUUGUUUUGGAGCACAGGUGCCAUUUGGUCAUUGGGAAACUGAGCACACGUGCUACAGGAAAUACUAUCUGUGGGCUGAAAUUGUUCCUGUACAAGUUUGCCAUUAGCUCUCUCUAGAAAAUCCUAAGAUCUCUUUUGUUUCAUUUCCUUCAUCAGGCAGCUGCUUAACAUAUGUUGGGCUUUAAAAGGGCAUUGAAAACAGGCCUUUCUGACUGCAGCCAUCUCAAAGACCAUCUGGGAUAGGAAAUCUGUGACAAGUUGGUCACAGUGUGACUUACCUUCUUUUGCAGGGAAGUUUCUGAUGAUUAUUGCAACAAAUCAACACAGGGAACAGCAUGGGCACAAGCUGAGCAAAAAAAAGAGAUUAGGUUCUUUGUGGUUACCCUUGGCUUUUGCGAAUACACACCAAGGUCUGCUUCAUCCCUACAAAAUUAUUCUUCAACUUACAUUUUCCCUAUGAAGUUGUAUUUUCAGCUCAGGCUAAACCAGAGUCCUGCAUAUAUUUUUAUCCCCUAUGAAGUGAGAGGUAGUUAGGAAGUCUCAACUGAGUGUAUUGUUGUUCUGUGUAUGGUUGCUACUCUUGCAGGAAGGGGCUUUUCUCCCUCCCCCGCCCCCUGCCCCCAAUCCGUGAGCACAAGUUAGUGCCAAAUCUUAUGCUGGAGGAAACAAGCACAAGGCUCAGCUUCCUCACUGUGCUCAACUAAAAGCAAGGAAUGUAUUCACCUGGUUAAUGCCAAAUAAAGACAUUAAGGACAAAAGGAUCCUGUCCCCUCCGGGAUACACCAACAUCUCUUACACAUGCAAUACAGUCAGGGGAUUAGGCUCAUCCCUGUAACUGCACAGGUGUUUAGCUUAGUAUCUGUGUCUUUUGUAAGGCAACUCCUAUUCAAACAUUGCACCUACAUAGGCUACUACAUCUCCAUCACCCUACAUUUCCUUUCACAUAUAGAACACUCAGGUGAAGUAUUAAAAAGGAAAGAUAAGGUAUACUUUAAAAUAAGUGCAGAUUCUGGCCCUGGCAAAUAAUUUUAAAAUUUUCUUGCCCUUUCUUCUUAAAAAAGAAAUUUAUUCAUAUAAGCACUUAAGAUUUGCUUUGGUAUUCUUCUCUCAAAUGCAUACUCUUGUAUUUUUUCCAUGACUCUGGAAAAAUUACUGGAGCAUUAACUGAUCCUUAGAUUAUAACACAGCCUCAGCCCAAUAUAUUGAUCAGGCUUUUUUUCCCCUGCACCAUUCAGCAUUUUUGAUCCACAUGCUAGAAUAUUAGAGGCUGAUGUAAGCGUGGAAGUGUUACACAGCCAGACUGAGUGUUACCUUACUUCCAGUUACAGUCAUACACUUCUCAACCCUUAGGUCUUCCCUCCCUGUAAACAUGCAAUUCAAGUUUGAAACAUUACAAUUCAAAGCCUCAAUAAAAUAUCCCACCAAGCAUCCUGCCCUCCUCAGUUGCUUGUCAACAAACCACACAGCUCUAAACAGCUACAAAACAAGGGGCAGAGCUGACAAAAUGAGAGCCAGUUGCUGCAAGGGGCUUUAAGAGGAUCUGCACUUUACUUGAUUCACCAAGAAAAGACUACUACAAAGAAAUUAUGUUUAACUCUAUCAGUGGUGCAGAGGGGUAACUGGAGAUAGCCUCUUUGGAAGUCUUGACAUUCUCCUUAUUCACUGCAAAGCCUUUUCUGUGUAUCUUUUUUUUAUUACAUUCUACUUUAAAGCUCUGUACAAGACUCCAUAAUGCUGCUGUUCAUACCAGAGGGUGAGACACCCCGUCAGACACACACAUCCUCCAUUUUGUUGUUAGGAAGACUGCAGGCUACUCCUUGGGUAAUCCAUCAGUUCUCAGACUCAGUGAGUACAUGGAUGACUUUUAUCAACAGCUUCAAUCCCAUCUGCCCCAGGAGUGUGAGAUUCACUCUAAGCUUCCUGAUGUAAGUUUCAUCUAACUAUUCUGUACAGUAAUUAUGCACCUGACCACACAAUCCAUCUGGGGUUUGAACUGCCAGCUAUUCAGAAUUAAGUUUGUGUACAUGUAGUAGAGGUUUUCAUUGGUUUGUUGUUUUUUUUUUUGGUAAAGGACAGUUACAUUGUUUGAUAAUACCAAAGAGAAGUAGAAUUACUAGGUUAACACUUGCUUUAUACAUCCUCACUUCAGGGGACCUGAAGUGAUCACAUACACUUUGAUACACCAGAAGCUUAUUUUUAUACCCAUGAAGGCAGCUACCAUCAUGUUACACUUCAGAAUGCAGAAGGAGCUCCAACUGGAGAAAGCUUGUUCAUUUGCCUGUACUCCAUAGUCAUGUAUGUUCAUUAAAGGUUGUCAUAUUUAUAAUUAUGGCUUUUAUGAAGUUUAAAAUAAAAUUAGUUUUCCAUUAAUUUA